AUGGACUUUUCAAUAAUAGCAAAAAGAACAGACAGAACAACAGGAAUUUACAAGUGUAACUACUGCAAAAAGAAGAUUUUUGGUAUUAAAAAAAUUUGCAAACACUUGGACACACACAGGAAAAGAUUGCUGGAAAAACAACGUAAAGUUUCUGAGCAACAGACUCUCCCUAGUUUGAAUUCACUUGCAGAAAAUGCAGUGAGUGCUAGUAAUGAAGGGACGGUUGUCAGUCCUGCGGCCGCUUCUUUGUCCAACGAAAAGCCGGAGUCCAGAGACAACGCCCACAUCUGUCAACGUUGUAAGAGGCUGUUCAAGUCCCUCAAAGGUCUGCGCUCGCAUGAACGCAGCCACGCCGCGCUAGCUGCUCUUGACCACGCAACCACCUCCGAAUCCAAUGAAAACGUUGAUCAAUACAUAACCUACAGAAAUGGGACGACAAGGCCAUUUAUGUGCACACUCUGCUCCUACCGCACAACUAUGUCCAGCUUGGCAAAAAGCCAUGUUGUCAAACAACAUACCUAUCUUUUGACCCCUAAAGUUGAAAGACUCUUCGACGAGGCCACACAGAAGGAUAACGAGGAGGCUUCAUCAAACAAUGCAGAUGACAUGAACGCUGAGGACGACGAACUUCAAAAUUCUUUCCUGGAGCCCCCAGAUGUACAGCGGCAGUUAAAGAACUACAACGUCAUGGCUCGGAUUGAUCUAGCAUCAAAAACACAAGACCUCCGGUUGAGGGAACCCAGGAUGCUGCCGUGUGAAAUGUGCAAUUUUAACUGUAAACACUAUUCCGCCAUGAGACGUCACUGCCUGAGGCGUCAUGGAAAAAAGCUCAUCCGCUGCAAGGACUGCAACUUUUUCAGCUGUUUUAAACGAAACCUAGAUCUACAUGAGCAAAUGGGUCACUCUACUCUUCAGUCGGAGCCUACGCACCAAAAGAAUCUCUGCUGCCCUUUUUGUCUUUAUCAAUCGAAAAACAAAAACAACAUGAUUGAUCACAUUAUUUUGCAUCGUGAAGAGCGAGUUAUUCCCAUGGAAGUGCGCCGAUCGAAACUGUCGCGUUACCUUCAGGGGGUGGUCUUCCGGUGUCACAAGUGCACGUUCAGCAGUGGAAGUGCGGACGCUCUGCAUUCACAUGUGGCCAAGCACAACGACCUCAAGCCGUUCAAGUGUCGACUCUGCUACUUUGACUGCUCUCAAAUGAAGGAUCUGGAGGCACACCUGUGGGAUAAGCAUCAGGUUGUUCGUAACCAUCAGCUCGUGGGCCAGGUCAGUUUGGAUCAGCUGGAGGCGAGAGAAGACCGUAUUUCACAAGAUGAUGAGGAGGAAGAUAUGAAGGCCAUGAUGCUCCUCCUGCAUUGCUUGCGGCAGACGGAGUUGCUGUUUCUUCUCCAGUCACAGCGAAUCUGUUCCCUUGUGACUAUUGUGGGAGAAGUCUCGCAAACAACUCAGAACUUCAGCGUCACAUGA